ACAGAAGCUAAUAUGCAUGUUGGAAAAUUGGAAGUUGUUGAUCACUUUGUAAAGGGAAUAAAUCUGAAUGAAUUGAAAAAAGAUCAAAAGACAGUAAAUAGCAAGCAUCAGGUCACAUCAGACAAGUUUUCAUCUCUGCUAACAUCAGUGAGCAGUGCGGAGGAACUGUCCUCAGCAUCAACCCGUACAAGCACUGAAUAUGACAACAAAGGAUUAUUACUAAAUGGUACAUUUAAUGAGGAAGAAUCUGCAGAGUCUUUUCAGGAAGCUUUGCUUCAAUGGAGAAAAGGUAAUCAUGAUCACAGAGAACAACUGUGUGCCAGUCGUGUCCUAUCAGAAUCUGUGGGAGUUUGUGAGGUGCAGACCAGUCUUACUGUUAUGAAGAAACCUAUCCAAAUUGAAUUCCAGAAGGAUGGCCUGAGCUACAUGGAGAAACUCUUACUUAAGAAAUACAGAAGAGCUCCUAUUGGUGAUAUUUCUUUUAGUUGCAUUAAAGAUUUAAGGCCUGUGCAAACACUGAGCGUACAUCAGGCUGUGAUUGGAGGAGGGAGAGAAGGAGGUGACGAUGAUGAUGAUGUCGAUGACUUAACAGUUGAAGAGGUGAAGAGAUAUUGGACAUCUGUUUUUAGAAAAGAAGUACCCGACACUGUUCCUGAAAGUGCAGAGUCCUCUUUGAAAAUUGAAUUCCUUGAUGAAUCUUAUGGCAAGGACUUGGAAGAAUCAUCUAACCUUUUGGUGAUUGAAGCUGGGGCUACGGGAAUGAAUAAACAAGGAAAAGCUGAACCACUCGAGCAGUGUGGAAGAAUGACACAUUACGUACCAGACCUUUUGCCAAGAGAAACUGUAGGCAUAAUGAGAUAGUUAUCUUGCCAUUUAACUUCUUCAGAUGACAUACAAUAUUUUUUCCCUUUUCCUCUUGACAGAAAUCCUGUUUCUUCUAAAGAAAUUUCUCAAGAAAAAAUGGUUAUCUGCAGUCGUCUUGAAAGAAAUGUAGUCCAAAAGGAGAGUAUUAAGGUAAAGAUUAUGAGAAGAUCACUUACCUCCUCUGAGCUACCUGAGAAGAUCUCUAACCCAACUGAACUAAUGAGCAACAAGUAUCUCCUUGAGACACAACUGCAGAAAAACCAUAAAGAUUCCCAAGAACUGGACAGUGUCUGCAAUAGUCAGAGUUUGGUUUUGCCUGUAAUUACAAAGUCUUCAUCGUUACAGGAUAUAGCCAAAAGACAGAACUCUGUUUCUACAUGGUACUGGGGACUUGAAGGUUUCUUUGUAGGUGUAAACCCUAAACGAGUAAUGCUUGAAGCAUGUUCUUCAUUGUGUACUGACUCUAUCCCUAUGGACUGUAGUAUCUCAUUUCCAGGAGAUGGAAAGUGGUUUAUUGAAAGGAGCUUAAGUGAAUAUGCUGAUGACUCUGUAGUUCAAGGUGUCUUAGAAAGUCAGUUGAAUAGACCUUCAAGUGGUUUGGAGGCUCAAAAUAGAAUCUCAACCCUGAUGGCAGUGUGGCAGUCCUUCCCAGGGAAUGAUUCUAGAGGACCUUGGUCAACAAAUAUGCCAUACUGUAAACUGACUGGAAAUUGUCCAACAAGCACUCAACCAAAACCAAAGAGUUCACCUGCGCAUACCUUAAGAGUUAAUACUGAGAUACCAAAAAAUAAGUGCAAUGAUGUGACUAAACAAGAUGAUUAUCUUUGGGAGUAUGAUGCUGACCAAGUAGCCCUACGUACUCUGGAAAAAGAAUUACAAAGUUAUACAGGUCCUGAAAAACAUUACCGCUUAACUUCUAAAGAUGUAACUUCCUCUAUCAGAGACUUAGAGAAGAUUAGUAGAAAUACUACAGAUUUCCAUAAAAACCUGGAGCUAACAGACCACACCCGAGUUGAUACUUCUGG